CCGCGUCCUCCGGCUGCCCGGCCACCUUCCCUGGGCUUCCCCUCCCGUCGGCGCCGGCCCCCGGGGGCGGCGGGGAAAUGGUGGCCCGGCCUCCUUCCGGUGUGUCAGCGGAGGCCGGAAGUGGCUGUUCCCGGGCCGCGGGGUGGUCAGCGAGUCGGUGGGCGCGGCCGGCGGAGCGUCGCAGCGGGAGCCUCGAUCGCCGCGGCUGAGCAGGGAUUUAACCGCCACCAUGUCGAGCAAAAGGGCAAAGACCAAGACCACCAAGAAGCGCCCUCAGCGCGCAACAUCCAAUGUGUUCGCCAUGUUUGACCAGUCCCAGAUCCAAGAGUUCAAAGAGGCGUUCAACAUGAUCGACCAGAACAGGGAUGGCUUCAUCGACAAGGAGGACCUGCACGACAUGCUUGCUUCAAUGGGAAAAAAUCCAACUGAUGAAUACCUGGAUGCCAUGAUGAGUGAGGCCCCGGGCCCCAUCAACUUCACCAUGUUCCUCACCAUGUUUGGUGAGAAGCUGAAUGGCACAGAUCCUGAGGAUGUCAUCAGAAAUGCCUUUGCUUGCUUUGACGAGGAAGCAAUCGGCACCAUCCAGGAGGACUACCUGAGGGAGCUGCUGACCACCAUGGGCGACCGCUUCACAGAUGAGGAAGUGGAUGAGCUGUACAGGGAGGCCCCCAUUGACAAGAAGGGGAACUUCAACUACAUCGAGUUCACGCGCAUCCUCAAGCACGGGGCAAAGGACAAGGACGACUGAGGAGCUUCAAAUUCCAGCCAAAUGUUCCCUUAGCCUCUGGGGGUAUUCCUGAGAUUUUUCUCCUAGAGCCCGUUGCAUGUCCUAGCUUUAUUGCCUUUGGCCUUUCUUGUUUUGUAUUUAUUCUCAGCCAUAUGUACUUUGGGCCAUAUGUACCUUUAUCAUCAGACUGGAAAUGGGACUUUCUGUCAUUUUCCAACCAGCAAGUAAGGUCAUCUAAUUGACAGUCUUGUCCCUCCUGUGUAAUAACUGGAGCCCACACAGAGUCAGUAUAUUUUUUCAGAGAAAGUUAUUUACUCAAUUUUUUCUGAAGGAUAAUUAAACUUUCUGAUAAAACA